AUGGAAACGACUAUCGUUGGACUCUUGCUGGAACUCGUCGAUGACUUCGAGGUUUACAGCGAUGAGCGUUUUGAAACAAUCCGGCAAGCGCUUCUGGUGUACCAGCUGCUGUGUGGUGGUGUGUUGUCGAAGCGGCUCGAGACGGUGGUUGAGUCAUUGAUGGUAUUACUAAAGUCUGACCUACAGUGCAGCAGUCCAAGAAGUUCUAAGUUGGUAGUGUUUCUCUUUACCUGCCAGAUUGUACAUUUUCAAAAGUACUGGAGUAUCUUGAUUAACUUGUGCCCUCUCAAUUUGGACGACUCCUUGAUUUCACAACUCGUUUCUCGUGCUCUUAGUGAAUAUUCGACUAGCUGGAUCAGCUGUUGUAUUUUGAGUAAUAUUGCACAGAAUCUGGAAAUUUAUGCCAAAAGUAUCAAAAUUCAACUUAGUUCGCGAGCCGUAGAAAGAAACGAAUCAAUAAUCUCAAGUAAAAAGUCGCUAAUCAAGUCAUAUGUAUUUAUCCAUCUAAUGAGGCAGAUCGGAUUCAAACAAGAGACCGAGAAGCUUUCUUCUUGCAACAAUCCAUUUUAUCUGGCUGCUGACCCUGAGCUGAUUAUCUCCGAUAUCCAGAAUUACAACCACACCUAUCUCAUUUCAGAAGUAGAAGGAAUCCCUAGCUCCAAACUGCAAUUUCAUUUAGUCCAGCUCAUUGAUCAACAAUCAAUGGUCAUUUGGUCAACUCCAAAGGAUAAAACUGAUUUGGUUCCAUCCAUUGUGAACUUAUCCACUUUUGUAUCGCUCACACAAAAUAAGAGCUCGAACUCUGUUACAAUUGAAUUUGAUACUCAUUUCCAUAAAGAGAAUAACCACUGGAACUCAUUUGCAUUCACUAAUCUAGCUGACAGUUCAAAACACCACCGCCUCAAAUUAUGGCUUGAAUUGAGCCAACCAAGAUUCUCCCAGUUUGUAGAGAUCUUCGCCUUGCUUAUUGGCAAACCAGAGACAAAAAUAUCACAGACAAAAUAUUGGAUUGAGAUACCUCCUACAAUCGAUAGUCAAAGAAUAAAUUUUUUGACUUCAAAUGAAAGAGGCAUAGAACUAGUUACAAAGUGUGGGUUGUUACCUCACUCUCAGCUAAAUUUACCAAACCGACACAUGUUUGAUGGUCAAAAAUCGGAGCCCAGUUGUUACAAGCGUAUCAAAUUGGAUCAAACGAGCGAUACUGAACCUAGGAUACAUUCGACAAAAAACUGUUCUAAAGAGAACUUAUCAAAUUUAUUCUCUUCUGAAAUCGAGGGCUCGAGCUUCAUUGAGCCCAUAGGAUCUAACAAAGAAAUUUCGACCCUGAUAGCUUUGGUACAAGAUUCGCAACCUUCUUUCACACCUCUAAAUGCUAACCGAUAUAGACACAAGAAACCUCCGAAAAUCACCAGCACCCAGUCGAAAAUUGCAAGUUCGCUACCGGAAGGAAUUGAUAUUCCAUUUUUAGACGAAACUUCUGAAGCAGAACAGAACUCAGAUUCAAAUGACACAUAUGACGUCUUUAUGGAGAAAAUUAGUUGCACGCGACCACAAGAAAUCACAGCUGAUACCACAUACAGUUCUGAAAAAAUGGGAUUAACCUCAUUAAGAAAGGAUUUGAAUUAA